UAUUGAAGACUUAUUACUUUGUAGUUCAUUGGGAUCAGUGCAGUGUUCUGAUUCAGUCUUAGUUUUUUCACAAUGGGAUGGCCAAAAAGAAGCACGAAAGUAAAAACUGUAAAAGGGGAACCUCCGUGGUACGAAGAUGAUGGCCAUAAGCAAAACCUCAUCACCAUGGGCUACCUACCCGACAUCAAGGAGACCGUUCUGGAGGUGGUAACUAGAGAAGUUUGGCAAGCUAGACCUCCUGUUGAGGAGAAGUUUCUCAAGAGAAGAGCUGCGAAUGUGUUCUACACAUUGACUUACACCCCUCUCUGCAAGAGACUGCUGCACUGCUGCAGAGACAUGCGCAAGAUGCAGAACAAGGCGAUAGAUGAGGAUAAGGAUGUCGACAUAGCAGCUAAUUUCCUGAUCGGCUACGACGGGCGAGUAUAUGAAGGACGCGGGUGGGGCGUAGCCCCCAGACUUCCCAAGCCAUACACGAAGAAAGCAACCACAAGCAUCUUAAUAAGUUUCAUUGCCCCAAGCGACUCCGAAUGUGACCUACCCAUGUACGAUGCCAAGUUUGACCUAGUGGAGUGGGGUGAGCAUUUUAAAUACAUCAACCCUAACUACAUGAUUUUCGAACCUCGCAACGACUACGUAAAUGAGGGAAACGAAUUCUUCAAAGAGUACUAUGGGUUGUAAAGCGAGAAGAAAGAAUGUCUACAGAGGAUACAGUGUGCUGCAAGCAUUUUCCAUCUUC